AUGGGCUGCGGCGAGAGCAGACCGGACGAGCUGGAAGAGGAGCAGAGAGAGCAAUACGCGCAGGAGAGGCAGCUGACGUCGGAGAAGCAGCCGGUCGGCAAGCUCGAUCUUGACGACAGGAUAGCGACAGACGAUGCCGAGGACGAGGAGAAGGGCUAUGCUGCCGGUACGUCAGCUGCGCUUACCGCCGCCGACCACAAGGGCAUCCCGCUGCUGGCGGCCCUCGACGAGGCGCUCGUCGCCGCCCUCCGCUCGGGCGCCAUCAAGCUGCUCCGCACCGAGUUCCUGCGCGCCGACGGCUCCGAGGCGGUGCUGCCUAAACUCCUCCGCCGGCAAGAGCUGGAGCGAAUGGAGAAGGAGCGACGCAUCCGCAUCUUCCUCACGCCGAAGGAGGCUGUUGCGGCGCUGCGCUCGCUGAGCCGCGAAGUCGCCGGGCUGACCUACGGCUGGGCCUCGCCGGACCACCCCGACGUGACUGGAGAGUAUCUGGCGAACGUGCGGCGCUUCCUGCGCCACCCGCUCGGCGAGCACGUGACCGCCCUCUUCUGGGACUUCUCCUCCCUCCCGCAAAAGCCAAGGACGGCGGCCGAGGACGAGUUCUUCUAUCAAGCGCUCAAGGUCAUGGGCGACGUCUACGCCUCUCUCUUCGGCACGAUCGUCAUCCGCCACCGCUCCGUGCCAGCCCGCCCGGCGGAGCUGGAUGGCGAAGUGGUCAUCCUCGUCGAGAAGGGCGGCGGGCUCGACGGCGCCGGCGCCGAGGCAGAGCUGCGCAGAGCUCUCGGGGCGUUUGAGAACCCGCGCUACGAGGAGGGCCGGUGGCGCGUGCGCUUCCCAACGCACGCGGCGGCGGAGGAGGCGGUCGAGGCAGCCUCUGCAGCAGAGGGUGCGCUGCCGGGCGCGAUCGCCGUCUUCCUCUUCUACAACAGCCGCCCUUACCUCGAUCGCGGCCGUGAGAUGGACGCUGCAGAGCUGUUGGACGCCGACCUACACUCGGAGUGGGCGGCUGAGCUCGGCGUGGGCGAGGGCGAGGCGGCGGCUCCGAAGGCCGGGCUCGGUGACGCUGGCGAGGAGGAGGAGGCGGCGGCGCCGGCCUACAUUCAGGGCCACAUAAGCGACAAGUUCUUCAAGCGCGGCUGGCGGAUGAUUGAGGGCGAACCACUCUAUCACAACAUCCUCACCAACCAAGACCGCCACCCGGGCCUCUGCCGAACCGAAUCGACCGAGCUCGGCCGCAGCGAGCGGCGCCGCAGCUCGGCGACCCUCUCCCGGCAGAGCUCGGCAGCGAGUGAGGCUGGGCUCAAGCUCUGCCCGCCCCCGAAGCGGCAGGGCUCGGGUGACGCGCCGCUGAAGCGGCAGGGUUCGAAGGACGCCUCGCUGAAGCGGCAGGGCUCCGCGGAUAGCGACAGUGGGCUCAAGCGCGCGGAGCUGCUCGAGCUGCUCAAGUCGAUGUACCUCGUCAAGACGGGCAACGGGCACGUGCACGCGCCAGAGUACGUG